AUGCGUGGUACACCGAAGAUGGGCGUGGAGCUGAAAUUUUACGGCAGUGGAUGCGUAGAAUUGUGGGUUGCGCAAUGGCAGUCCACAUGUCUUUUGCCCACAAAGGGCUUGAGUAUACGUCCUGUCACGGGAUCCGCCCCUGCCUUGGCACGUUCUCUGCCGUCACAGGAUUUACUUGUUGAUACAGUCACGUGUUGGCUGAAUGAGUUAGACGUAAGUGCAGGCCCAUCUUCACCCCCUGCUUCACCAGCCCGCUCUCCGUGCCCGCAGGAGGUGAACGAGCUACGGGAGCUGAAGCGGCUGCACCCGGAGCUGCCCGUGCUGUUCAUCCGCGUGCCGCUGCUGCCCGAGACCUUCAGCGACGACCUCCCCGAGUCGGAACAGCACGACAUCCUGUGCAAGCUGCGCGUGCUGCCCUCCCCCGUCCGCCCCGAACAGAUUCCUCAGCAGCAGCAGCAGCAGCAACAGCAACAGCAGCAGACGCCCAUCAUUCCCACGGGAGCCGCGCGGCAGCAGCAGCAGGUCCCCGUCAAGCUGUUCCGCACGCUCUGCGAUAACCUCGGUUACCUCACAAUGACACCGGCGCCGAAGAAGUUCCGGUGCCGCCUGGUGGAGCAUAGUUACCGAGUGGACAGCGAACUUAUCGACAGCUUCGACUCGUUCCCCAACGUUGUUCCGUACAUAAGGAUGAUUUUGCAGUCACAUCUCAUUCACACCUCGACGCUUUUGAACCAGGGCCACAACCGCUGCAUGAGGAAGUUCAUCCUUUACGCGUUCGACAUGGCGCGCGAAAUCCAGAUCACGCCCAGGAGGAUCAGUUACGCGCGCGAGAAGGAGGCCGAGCUCUACGAGAACCUCAUGGCCAUCGCGUCGAGCAAGCAGGACGAGAUCCGCAGCGUCAUCAUCGACACCAUUGCCAACAUGUCCGAGGAUCUGCUGGAAAAGGCGGCCGAGUACGAGUUUCAAGAGGUGGAGAACUUGCCGACGAGCGAAGUGGUGUGCGCGAGGGAGGUGCGGAUAUGCACGGGCGAAAUCCAGGAGCUGGUGAUCGGGUCCCUGAACGCCGAGGUCGGGAGGCAGCUGGUGGAUCGCGUGGAUGUGAUGCGCGAAUCCUACCUGGGCACCCUGCAGCGGUGUCUGGAGAGCCUGGAGAAGGACUGCCGGGCCUGCGGGGAAGAUCCGCAUAUUGGCGACGCGCUCAAGCAGAUGGUUAAUGCAGCCUACCAAGUGGAGGUGACUGUGACCACCUCUUCCUCCGUUUUGCGUUCUUUGUGGGAGAAAAUGAAGCAGUUGGUGGCCGCCAUGCCUGGGAGAACCCCACCUAUUAUAGAUGCAGAAUGGAAGAGAAAGGUCGCAGCUGAUAUGAUUGCCAGUCUUUCGGAAACAAAGCUGACAAAGAGUAUAUGUGCACAGUUUCGUGAGAGGUUAAAAAGUAGCCACGAUUCCUUCCUUGGGAGCCUCAAACAGUUGGAGACUCAGCUCACCAGCCGCCUAGAGAAAACAGAAGAACAGCAGACACGUAUAAAGAAAAUUGAUGCUCCCAAGCUCGCUCGUCUCUCACUUGAAUCCACAUCUCUCAGGGAUAUGAUACUCUUUGGAAUGCCAAGACUGGACCGUGAGCUGGGUAGAGGUCAGUAUGGGGUAGUGUACGGCUGUGAAUCAUGGGGAGGCUUCAGGCCCUGUGCAGUGAAAUCUCUCGUGCCGUUGGAUGAAAAGCACUGGAAUGACCUAGCGAUGGAAUUCCACUACACCAGAAGUGUUCCAGAGCAUGAGAGGAUUGUGGCCCUGCGAGGAAGUGUGAUUGAUCACACUUAUGGCCAGGGGGAAACUCCAGCUGUCCUAUUGAUAAUGGACAGGCUCACUCGGGACUUGUACUCUGCAAUCAAGCAUGGUCUUGAUUGGCUAGUCAGACUACAGAUUUCUCUUGAUGUCACUCAGGGUAUUAGGUUCCUACAUUCCCAAGGUCUUGUGCACAGAGACAUAAAACUAAAGAAUGUACUGUUGGACAGAAGCAAUCGAGCCAAGCUGACUGAUCUUGGUUUCUGCAAGCCAGAGGCAAUGAUGUCAGGCAGUAUUGUUGGUACUCCCAUCCACAUGGCUCCAGAGCUUUUCACUGGCCACUAUGACAAUAGUGUUGAUGUGUAUGCCUUUGGCAUACUCUACUGGUACAUCUGUGCUGGCCAUGUAAGGUUACCACUCAUCUUUGAGCAGUGCCAGUCAAAGGACCAGCUUUGGACUUGUGUUAAGAAAGGUGCUCGGCCAGAAAGACUAGCGCAGUUUGACAAUGAAUGCUGGGAACUAAUGCAAGAAUGCUGGGCUGGGGACCCUGCCAAAAGACCGCUGCUUGGUGAUGUAGAGCCCCGGUUAAUGCGUAUAAUGGAGUGUUAUGCAAAGAAACAGCUGGAAUACAAAGAACAGUGGAAUGAUGAUCAACAUAAUGAAGACGAUAGUAAAGUUGACUCAGCUAUAGAUGCUGUGACAACUGAGCAGUGUGGCUUCAUAGGUUAGUGUAGUCCAAACUCACUCCUUGUGAGGGUGAUCUAAAAAGGGUCUCAAGUGUAAGUGGAAAGAUUGCAGGUAUUUGUAAAAAUUGUCUUUUAUAUUCUGUAUCCCAUGUGAUUGUAAAGCAUGUGUGCCUUUAAAUUAUAAUAGUGGUAGUGUGAAGAUAUUUAAGCAGACCUAGGUGCCCAAAAGUCAUUUGGAAAGAUAAUUUAGAAAAAGGAAAUGCCAGUGUGAUGGACUUUUUACUAAUCAAGUAACUAUUCUUCAGCACAGGAAGAGGAAACACAAUUGAGCAGUAUACAGAUGUACACCCUCAGUAGUAUUCUGUGGCGGUGAGUAGUGUCUUGGGUGUAGUGACAGAUAAACUAGUGCUUCAGACAAGGCUUUGGAUGUUGCAUUGAUCAGCAGCUUUGGUAAUAAGAAGGUCAAGACAAAAGUGAGAAUAUGUGAAACUAUCAUUGUUAUUGAUAUUCUUUUUUGAAAUAGAAAAUGGAGCUUCCGCCAUAUUUAACUAAACAUAUCCUAAAGUAAAUUAUAUUUAGAGGUAACUCCUGUACUUAUUCGGUAGAGUUAUUGCAGAAACUGAUACAAGAUGAUUGCAUCCUGUAUCAGUAAACAGCCGAGUGUGCCUUUCGUAAAAUUCAUUGCCAAAAGAGCUUUUUCCUAAUGGAGUGUGUGCCUUUAGACUGAAUGGAGUGUAUUAAUCAUGUCACAGUGUUGAAGAUCUGCAGAGCAUAGAUCAUCAAGAAAGAUGAGAAGAUAUUGAUAAAUGUGCUUAUGUUUUUUUGUUGGUUUUGCUUGCUUUUGAGGUCAUGUGAGUUUAAUAAUGUUGAAAAUCUCUUUUUUCAUAGUUACUACUUAGGAAAUGAAAAGCAUACAAUUUUAACAGCUAAUAGCAUAUGGAUUUGUGACUGGGAAUACAUCAUUAAACACCUUGCAGCUUGAAUUUAAGGGUGAAUAUAUAAUGGUAUAGCCAUGAACCCACUGUUCUACUCUCUUACUAUCAUGUAUGAUAGGUAUUUUCAUUAUGUAAUUCCCCCUCCCCCCCCUCUUUUUAGGGCGAUGAUGAUCCCGUCUGUGAUUGCCUAUGACCUUGAUUCCCCACAAGGGAUAGGGAAUUUGGAUAUCUAAUGACUAUCUGUCCAGAGUAUUUAUAGUGUAAGUAGGAACUGUACUUGAAUGGGCAGAAUGUUUAGUAAUUGAUUGAACAAUAUGCUAAAAACUGCAUCCUUUCUCUCACAUCUAUCUUCAUCUUUCUAGUUGCUUUUUUCCCUCAUUUUUCUCUUUUCAAGAAAAAGGUUCUCAGCAUCAUGAAACGAGAAACAUCCACUCAGCAAAGGGGAAGCCAUAACCAGAAAUAUAAAGAUGUGAUCUUAAAAUAUGAGAGAGGGAAAACAUUAAAAACUUUUAGAAAGUUGUCACGCAAUUUGAGAUUUGUAUGAAAGCACUGUCAGUGUUUCCUUCUUUUUCCAUGCAUAUUUUUUUAAGCUUCUCGUAGCCAGUCUUUGGCCUGUGGGAAUUCAACAGAUAUCUGUAUUUAAUAUGAGCAGAAGUUAAAGGGAGGAAAAUGUUAGAUCGGGAGUGUUUUUUUUGUUUCUUUUUUUGAAAAAUGAACUCAAACUAAGAAAUAACAUGGUUUAUAGAGGGAUGCAUGAAUAUGUUUAUAUUUUUUCCCUCUUUCUCAUUCGUGUGUGUGUGAUUUUAUAGAACCAUGUCAGAACGUACAUGGCCGCAUGGCUUAAGCUGUAAACCAAUUUUUUUAUGAACUGUUACCACUUAAACAAUAACAGAUCAAGUUUAUGUGUAAAAUGCUUUCAUGCAGUUCAAGUCAUUUUGGGUAAUCUGUGCCCAGAAGUGUGUUUAUGUUUCCAUCCAUCUGUCAUUCCAUCCACCUGUUCUAUUUAUCUGUUUAAGGAUUAUAAUUUGUAUUUAAGCAUUUCACAUAUAAACUAGGUCUAAAGAGAGAGUGUGUGUGUGUUUGCACAUGCAUGUGUGUGUGUGUGAAAGAGAGAGAGAGAAAGAGAAAAGGAGAUAGAGAAAAUAAGCGGAGGAGAAGGAGAAAAUGCAUGUGUUUUUGUCCAUUAUAUUGUUAUAGGAGAAUCUGGAACAUAUGUAUAAGAUUAAGUUAUAUGCUGUUCAUUCAUGGUUUUAAAAAAAAGUUAGAACGUAUCACUCACUAAAUGUUCGGUGAGUUUUUGUACUAAUGUAGUAUGACCUCUAGUGCCAGAUUGCAUUUAGAACUCAGAUGAGAUACAUUUACUUUUUUACUUGAGUGUCAAAUAAAUGCUGUAUUAUAGAUAAUGAAAAGUUAUGAUGUAACACUAGUGAUUUUGCUUUACAUAGGAGUAGUUUUGAAUGUGUUUCUUUUUCUUGUAGAACAAGGUCAUGAGUCUCUUCAUUCCAUGCUUUUUGCCACUGAAAUAGAUUUCCAUGUUCAGCAUCAGAAGAUCUCACAUUAAGAUAAUAUUUACACUGUACAAAUGAUUUUAAAAAGAAAUAAUUGGUUGGAUAGGAUAUAAUCCCUGAUAGAAUUACAUGUUGAAAGCUUCCAAGCUGGGAAAGAAAAAAAACGUUUAUUGAAGAGGAUAAGGAUCAAUUACAAGAUGAAAUGUAGACAUCUUCAGCAAAUAAUAAGGUAUGAAGAAAUGAGUUUCAUGUCAUAUGUCUUGGGUAUUCAUUAUUGUAUUUUAUUUUUAAUAGAGUAUGUUUGUUUUUUUUUUUUUUCUCUCAGUUAUAUGAACAUUCAGAUUUAUUCACAAGAAACAUGUUCUCAGAUUCUGGUCUGUGUUGCCAAAAGUAAAAAACCUUUUUCUUGAACCACUCAUCCUGCAUGGUAUCUAAUCAAGCCAUUGGAAACCAGGGCAAAAUGCCAGGUGACGAGUACCCUUGCCAUGAACAAUCGAGCAUACUCUAAGGUUUGCACUAAACAAUGACUGUGGUCAGUGAGGAGAUGCAGCUCUAAUGCAUAGGCUUUUUUAGCCUCAUUUCCUCAAAAUUUAUGAAUGUUGCAGCAUAAGUGCAAAUUAUAUAUCCUGUGCUUCUGAUUUUUCACUUAAUUGCUGAUUUUUUGAUUUGAAAUAAUAGAUUUAGUUAAAGAAAUCAUGAAAUUAAAUAGGUAGAAACAACCUUUUCAAUAGAAAGGAUAUUUCACCUAACAAAUAACAGUAUAAUUAUUUAGAGAGAAUUUUAACCUUGCUUUUAUUAAGAAUGACUGCUUGAUAGGUAAUGAAAAAAAUAUAUGGAAAAGGAUGAUAAAAAAAAUGGAAGUUAUGUAGCUGGGAAAAAGGAGGAAAGAUUAAAUGUGUUGAAUUUCUGGAAACUUUUUCCUGUCCAAGAGCCUCAGCUAGCUAAUGGGGAGAAAUAAUGUGUAUGUAUGUGUAUAUAUAAUUUACUUGAUCAUGAGCAUUGCUUCAUAUUUAUUUCAUACUACAUAACAUGUAUUUGUAUUGUGCAAUUUUACUCCAUGAAUGUGUGCUCUUUUGAAUUGACACAUUUCAGCUUGAACUGAGCUAUGUAUGUAGGAAAAGUUCAGCAAUACAGUAUAUAUAUUGAAGAGGAAAGAGAUCUGAACAUUCCUUAUUAACUCAUUAUUGCCAUGUAUAUGGACCUACCUACGAAAUUAUUGGUUUGUCAAUUUUCUUUUUACAUAGAUGAUUUACAAGUGCUUGAGUCAUCAAGGAGUCAUUUACUAGGAUACCUGACCUCUCUUGUUUACCCCGUGCCUUUAAUUCUUGGAAGAAAUGCUAUUUAUUUCUAAUUCUUAUUAUUGUUAUUGACAUUAUUUUUAUUAAAAUGUUCUUAACUGUCGAGGAAUAAUUAAACAAGUAAGAUCAGGUAGGCUUAGAUUAUAAUUAGUAUGUAAGCUGACGAAGCCAUCUGUGUGAAAUGAAAACGGAAUUUAAUCAGUGUAUACAUGCCCUCCUGGUGUCAGCAAGUUAAAUGAUAAGCUUUUGAUGAGUAAAUAGGGGGGAAUUUUGUACUCUUGAGCAAUCCAAUAUGAAUAUGGAAAGAUAUUCCUAAAUCAUUUAUUUUUGUAUGAGUUGGAUUCUGUCAAGUGUAAUUUUGGUUUGGUCAUACUUAUGGUAUUUGUAGUAACUGAGUUUUGUUCCCUAUGAAUGGAAACUUACUCUUGAAUGGUUUGAUAGUCAAAACCUUUUUAAAAGCCUUUGUAUUUUUGACAGUGUUCAGUCUGUAAUGACUACUUCUUGAAAAUACAAAAAUGUUCAAUUUGUUUUAAGUACUGCAAGAAGAGAUAGAGUUUCUGCUUGAUUUUGCCACAAACUUUGAGGUUUUCCUCAUUAGUCAGAUGUAAAAGGAAUGUCGUUUGAGUCGGUGGCAGAUUUGGAGUGUGAUGUCAUUCUGCAUAAUGUAAGGCAAAGUAAGUAUAACAGAGUUAUGAUGAAUGUCAUUUGUAAAGUUCAUCAAAAGAGUUGCUUAUGUUGCCCUCGUGUGCUGUAUUUGUAAGGUUAAGAUUGGGAUGGAAGUCGGGAAAAUAUGUAAACAAAAUUGUUGGGAAUAAUUGGGAUAUAUUUGUAUUUUUCCAAUGGAUUAUAUGUGUGUAUAUAAAAGAA